UACCUCAUCGGGCUUUUUGCCUCAAUCGUUCAGUUGAGCCCCAAAAUAUCGGGUUGGGCCUGCUCUGGCGUUGUCGUGGCAUAGUGCAGCAAGCAAUUUUAGUGCUGAAGACAGUACUACUACGAACAAGUCGAUCGAGCAAAGCAUGAUGGCGGCAGCAGCGAGCGCGACACCGUCAGUCGCCGACGAGGUGCACGAGAAAACAGCGGGGCCCCUGAAGGUCCCGCUGGCCUCCCCAACGCCCGAGAGCCGCCCCAAAGAGCGGGCACCCCUGACGGCCGAGCAGCAGCAGAAAUACGACUGGCUUCUCGGGCAAGUCAAGGCGUGGACGGAAAUCCCGUCCACUAAGGGCAAGGCCGGGCCCGUCACCGACCGCGAGCGGUUCUGGCUGACGCGCGAGUGCCUGCUGCGCUACCUGCGGGCCACCAAGUGGCACGAGAAGGAGGCCGAGAAGCGGCUGCUGGAGACGCUGGCCUGGCGGCGCGAGUACGGCGUCGAGGAGCUGACGGCCGAUUUCAUCUCGCCCGAGAACGAGACGGGCAAGCAGAUCAUCCUCGGCUACGACAAGGAGGCCCGCGUGUGCCACUACCUCAACCCGGGCCGCCAGAACACGGACCCGUCGCCGCGCCAGGUCCAGCACCUUGUCUUCAUGGUCGAGCGCGUCAUCGACCUCAUGCCGCCCGGCCAGGAGACGCUGGCGCUGCUGAUCAACUUCAAGCAGAGCAAGUCGCGGUCCAACACGGCGCCGGGCCUCGGCCAGGCCCGCGAGGUCCUGCACAUCCUGCAGCACCACUACCCGGAGCGCCUCGGCAAGGCCCUGAUCAUCAACAUGCCCUGGAUCGUCACCGGCUUCUUCCGCCUGAUCACGCCCUUCAUCGACCCGCACACGCGCCAGAAGCUCAAGUUCAACGAGGACAUGGCCCAGUACGUGCCGCCCGAGCAGAUGUGGACCGAGUUCAGCAGCGGCCGGCUCGAGUUCGAGUACGACCACGCGGUGUACUGGCCGGCGCUGCAAAAGAUGUGCGCCGAGCGGCGCGAGGCUCGGUGGCGGCGCUGGGUUGCGGGCGGACGGCAAGUCGGAGAGUCGGAGGACUACCUCGCCGGCGCCACCGAGACUGGUGUUGCCGGGCCGCAGCCGGCCGCCACGCUGGACAACAGGUCAGAGGCGGAGGCAGCAAGUUCGGAGAAGACAGAGCAGGCGGAGCAGGCGGAGAAGGCGGAGCAGACGGAGCAAGCGGAGCAGGCCAAGCAGACGGAGCAGACCAAGCAAGCGGAGCAGAGCGAGCAAGCGGAGCAAACUAAGCAGACGGGGCAGACGGAGCAGACCGAACAGACCGAACAAGCGGAGCAGACCAAGCAGGCGGAGCAGACGGACUCUGGCGAGCCAGCUCCGGCGGCCGUUGCAGAGUCGACUCCGGAGCCGGCUCUGACCGCGAUCGAGAAGGUGGCCGAGCUGAAGGUCGAACCGGCGCCCGCAACAGGAAACGGUGUGGCGUCUAACUGAGCGAGGCAUUGGACAUCCAUCUGGCCAGGGUAUAGAAGGCAUUUGGCAGCGCUCUUUGGCAUAGAAGCCUGUCUGCUUCUGAUUCCAU